CUCUCCAUUUCUUGUCCCAUCCGUUCCUCUUCCUCCCCUUCCCGCCUCCCUCCUCCCCAUCCCCAUGCUGUCUCGGCCUUCUACUCUCCCGCCCUUCUCUCAUCCCACCCCCUCUCCCUCUCCCUCCCCUUCCCGCCGCCUCUCUCGCCGUCCCAGGCCGGCAGAGCCACAGGAUCCGUUGGAGGCGGUGCAGGACGACAGUCGCAUCCCCGUCAUCCCGCUCGUCUCUCUGGACGACGACGCUGCUGAUGAACCCGACGCCUCCGCCUCCCCCGCUCCUCCGCCCGACUCCGCCGCAGCAGCCGCAACAGGGGAAGCCACAGCAGGCGCAGGAGCAGCAGCGGGGGGAGGAGCCGUGGGAGGCGGAGGGGAGCAAAUGGCAGGAGCGGUACCUGGGCAAGGUCCUGGGGCGGGGUAUCCCAGGAGACCGGAUAUGAUGACAGCAGGCCCACACGCGCCAGCGGCAGUACCUCUGGCAGGUCUGGGAGCAGGAGCGAUGCCGAGCCCAACUGCCAUGCACCCUGGAAGGCCCCCCAUGCAUGGCCCCCCCAUGCACGGCCCACCUAUGCACGGCCCGCCUAUGCAUGGGCCGCCGCCUAUGCAUGGCCCGCCCAUGCCUCACCAUGCUGGCGGCAUGGGGUGGAGGGGACCUCCUCCGGGCAUGCAGCAUGAGGGCCCCAUGGGCCAUGCCAUGGGGCCUCCUCCCUGGAACGGGCCUAGAGGGGGUGAUGGCGGCGGUGGUGGCGGCGGCGGCGGCAGAGGCAUGGAGAGUGCGCGCAACGGCAUGGGGAAUGCUGGGUUUGCAGGUUCGCCUGGGGCUGGGGGAGGGAGGGUGAUCAAAGGAGAAAUGGGAGGUGAAUCGGGUGUGUCUGCACGGGGUCUGGGGAGUGGUGGGAGCCGUGAGGGACAAACAGGAGGAGGAGGAAGAGGUGGGGGACGGGGCGGGGUCGGGGGAGGAGGAGAAGGAGGAGAAAGAGGAGGAGGGGGGAGAGGAGGAGGAGCGGGGGUUCCAGCGGCCGAGAUUGCAGCGGCAGCAGCAGCAGCUGUGGCAUCUCUGUCGGAUUCGGGGACAGUGGAUGAGGAGCUAUUGGCAAAGACCAUUGCGGCGCUCACAGCGUCACAGAGUGCAGCGGGAGUGGGCGCUGCAGCAGCUCGGAACGGCCCAGAGCAGGGAGGAGCAGCAGCGGCAGCAGUAGCGGCGGCGGCAGCGGCGGCAGCAGCAGCAGCAGGAGGAGGCGCAGGAGGGCCAGGCGCACGGGUUUCAGUGCAAGGGAGCUCGAAAGAAACCGCAGGGCCGUUUCCGCCGCCUCCCACGGACAGCAUGGGCAUGGGCCGGGGAAUGGACAAUUUCUCUCCGCGCGACAACGCUUUUGGUCAUCCGGGCUCCAUGCCUAGAGAAAACGGGUUCAGCCCCGGUCCCGGUUCUGGCGGUGGUACUGGUGGUGCUGGUAUGGGAGAAGCCGGCCCUCCUAUGCGACCCCCAGGGCCGCAUUCCGGACCCCCUCGCGGGUUUCCUCCCCACGGAGGCCCUCCUCCUGGUCCCGGCGGCCCCCCUCCCCGGCCCGGCGGUCCUGCAGGCCCCCCUGGACCCAUGCCCAUGGGUGGCGCAGGUGGACCCAUGGGCGCUGCAGCAGGUGGAGCAGGAGGGGGAGGAGGAGCAGGAGCGGGAGUAGGAGUGGAAGGAGGAGGAGGAGGAGGAGGAGGAGGGGGGGCGCCUAUGGGGCAGGUUGGUCCCAUGGGACCUGGGGGUCUUCGUGGGGGGCCUGGGAGACCCUUUGGUCCGGGCGGACCAGGUGGCAUGGGCGGAAGACCUUCAGGGCCAGGGGGGCCGCCCUUCCGACCGCCUUUCCCACCCAACGGGUCCGGCCCAGGGCCAUUCCCCAUGGGCCCCCCUGGACCCGCCGGCAUGCCCCCCGGCCCUCCCCCAUUCCUCGGACCCGGGGGCCCAGGGGGACCAGGGGGACCGGGGGGACCGGGGGGACCAGGGGGUCCGGGGGGAUUCAGAGGACGAGGGGGAAGGGGUCCGCCAGGGCCGAGGGGAAUGGGGUUUAUGGGUGGGCCCAGGGGUCGGCCGGAUGGGCCGCCGCCGCCCUUCCAUGGCGGACCUCCUCUGCCUCCUCCUCCCCGCGGGCCUAUGAACGGGCCACCCACGCCCUUUGGCGCGGACGAAGGCCCGUUUCCCCCGUUCAGCGAGCCUGGUAAGGGUCCUAUGCCCCGCCACAUGCCCCCCCGCAUGGGGCCUGGUCCUGGCCCGAAUGCUGGCCCAAACUUCGGCCCUAACAUGCCCCCCGAAUUUGGUGGCAACAUCGGCCCAGGUGGUGGCGGCAACAUGGGUCCAGGUGGCAACAUGGGUCCAGGUGGCAACAUGGGUCCAGGUGGCAACAUGGGUUCUGGGCCGGGCAUGAGUCCAGGGCAUGGCAUGGGGCCUGGUGGGGCUAAAUUCGGACCUGGUGGGCCGGGGGGCCCUCCCGCUGCUGCCCACAUGCGCCCUUCCCCAUCCGAUCCGCUCAGUGCUGCGGAUAGCCCUUCCCAUGGGGCCAUGCGCGGACCCCAUGGGGCGUGGCAAGGCAGGGACGGCGGUGGUGGUAGAGCGGGAGGGGUGGGUGAGGGGAACGACGGAGAGGGGGGUGAUAGGGGAGGAGGAGGAGCAGGCGGAGCGGGGAGCAGCAGCAGGGAUGGGUCAGCAAGGGAUGCUGUUGGGCGUGGCGGUGAUGUUGAGGCGGAUGGGCGGAUGGAAAGAUUCGAGCGAGGAGCUAGUCUGGACAAGGAGAAAGGCGACGCAGGAGGUACAGCAGAUGCAGGAGCAGCAGGAGCAGGAUCGGGCAUGUAUAGGUCAGGGGUGAAACCGUCUCUCCAGUGGGUGACCAAGGUUGAAAAGGUGCCUCUUGGGGCGCCCAUGGGCGCGGGUAAAGAACCGGGAGCAGCAGCAGGCGCAGCCGAAGGGCUCUUGCAGCAAGGGCCAGGGGGAAUGCAAGGCUCGUCAGCAGCAGUGGCAGGCGCAGCAGGGACAGCAGGGGCAGCAGGGCAAGGGGGGGGAAUCCAGGGACCACAGAGUCACAUGUCUGCCAUCACACCAUCCAAUGGCCCAUCCAGUGGCCCUCCAAAUGGCGCUUCAAAUAGGCCAGCCAGCGGCGCUCCCACCGGCCCCGCCAUUAAUUCCGUCCCUGGUGCUGCGGAUGGGCCUGCUGCUUCCCCUGGCGCCACCUCCUCUCUCUCUGGGAACGGCCCCAUUCCGCCUCAAGGAGCCCUGGGGCCCCCCAAUGGCCCUCCAGGCCCCCCUGGGCUCCAGGGCUGGGCGGGUGGGGCACCGUUUAAUGGCAUGGGGGGCCCUGUUCCCCCGCCUUUCCAUGGGGGGAGGGGGGGAGGGGGAAUGGGAGGGGGCGGAAUGGGCGGAGGGGGAAUGGGAGGGAGAGGGAUGGGAGGAGGGGCCAUGGGAGGAGGGGGCAUGGGCGGAGGGGGCAUGGGCGGAGGGGGCAUGGGCGGAGGGGGAAUGGGCGGAGGGGGAAUGGGCGGAGGGGGCAUGGGCGGAGGGGGCAUGGGCGGAGGGGGAAUGGGCGGAGGGGGCAUGGGCGGAGGGGGCAUGGGCGGGGGGACCAUGGGCGGAGGGGGAAUGAGCGGAGGGGGCAUGGGCGGAGGGGGCAUGGGCGGAGGGGGAAUGGGCGGAGGGGGCAUGGGUGGUGAGGGCAUGGCCGGAAACGGCAUGGGCGGAGGGGGCAUGGGCGGAGGGGGCAUGGGCGGAGGGGGCAUGGGCGGAGGGGGCAUGGGCGGAGGGGGCAUGGGCGGAGGGGGCAUGGGCGGAGGGGGAGUGGGCGGAGGGGGAAUGGGCGGAGGGGGCAUGGGCGGAGGGGGCAUGGGCGGAGGGGGCAUGAGCGGCCCAUUCCCCCGGGGACCCCCUGGCGGGCCAGGCUUUGGGGAUGGGCCCUCGGGACCCCCGUAUGGGGAGUUUGACAAGCAGGGGGGCGGAGGAGGGUGGGGAAGGGGAGGCCCAGCGGGAGGGGGAGGGAGGGGGCGGAGGCGGUGUCUGUACUUCAACACACCGUCAGGGUGCAGGAAUGGCCCCCGCUGCACCUUCCUGCAUGAAGGCCCGGGACCCGAGGGAUUCGUGGGUGGCGGUAGAGGCGGGGGAGGCGACUGGGGUGGCGGGGAAUGGGGUGGUGGAGAGUGGGGGGGAGGUGAAUGGGGAGGCGGUGGGGGAGGCGGGAUGAUGGGGGGAGGUGGGGGUGGUCGUGGCGGGGGGAUGAUGGGGCCGGGGGGGAGAGGAGGGAGGAUGGGGGGUGGAGGGCGAGGGGGGAUGAUGGGUAGAGGUGGGGGAAGGGGCGGGCGGAUGGAUGAGAAUGGGGGGGACAUUGGCAUGGGUGGGGGGGAUGAGGGAGGCAUGGGGGGAAAUAUGGGGGGAACUGGAGGGCCUGGGGGUAUGGUUGGGGGAAGUAUGGGUGGGGGAAAUCUGGGUGGAGCAGGGGGUAUGGGCAGAGGCGGGAGCAUGGGAGGAGGGGGCAAUAUGGGAGGAGGGAAUAUGGGAGGGGGCAAUAUGGGAGGGGGCAAUAUGGGAGGAGGGAAUAUGGGAGGAGGGAAUAUGGGCGGAGGGGGAAGCAUGGGCGGAGGGGGAAGCAUGGGCGGAGGGGGAAGCAUGGGCGGAGGGGGAAAUAUGGGCGGAGGGGGAAAUAUGGGCGGAGGGGGGAGCAUGGGCGGAGGUGGGAGCAUGGGUGGAGGAGGAAACAUGGGCGGAGGGGGGAGCAUGGGCGGAGGGGGAAAUAUGGGUGGAGGAGGGUUCAUGGGAGGGGGGGACUUUGGAGGAGGUAUGGGUGGAGAAUGGAAUGAGGGGAAUUGGGAGGGCGAGAACUGGGGAAAUGCUGCUGCCAUGGGUGGUAGGGAAGGCGGUAGGGCGAUGAUGGGCGGGGGCAUGGCAGCAGGGCAGGGGGGUGCAGGCAGUGGCAGCAGAGACAGCAUGGUGGGCAGUGGUGGUGGUGGUGCUGCUGCUGCUGCUGGUGCUGUGGAUGGUGGGGGUGGUGGAGGAAGAGGAGGAGGGCGAGGAGGGGGAGCGGGGCGGGGAGGGGACUUGAGCUAUAACUGA